AUGUUUACUCUGCUUGUUAUGGUUUGUCAUUGUUGAAUUUGUUGACGUUUUUAAUAUUUCGAUUUUCGUUGUUAUUUAACCGUGAAACUGCAAAUUUUGUUCACAACUAAAAGCCAUUAAACCAAUCAAUCAAUCAAUCAGCAAAUUUUGUAGAAAAAGAAAUAUUUUGUUCAAAAUUUGUUUGAAUUUGAUUCUUUGAAAUAUUCGUUUUAAAACGUUUUGUGUUAAAGUAUAGAAUCUCACUCAAUAUAUUUAUAACAAGAAAAAAAAUUACAAUGGAAUCUGUUGAAAAUCAGCAAUGUGUGUUUUUGGGUAUAAAAGUAAAACCUGGACCGAUGGUACGCCACAAAAUUGAAAAUUUUACCCUCGAUAACACAGUAGACCGAUUAAAAAACGAGGCCGAAAAGAAAACUAAUUUACCAUCUGAAUCACUAGAAUUAAUACACCAUGGAAAAAUAUUAAAAGACUCGGCCACACUUUCUGAUUGUGGUGUUAAAAGCGGUGAAAUGGUUCACGUAUUUAAGAAAAAACUCCAGGCACCUCCUUUUCCCAAACCAACAUACACCGACGCAGAGCUUUUGCAACUUAUUGCUUCACUUCGCACUUUAGGCUGCACACCCAAUGCACCAGGAUGGACGAAAGCAAUGCAGUUAUUAAAUGAUCCAGUUGCAAUGGCUGAAAUAAUAGACCACGCGCCGUCCUUAGCGGAAGAUUGCAUGACUAUAUCAAUACUUCACGAGGUCGAGCUCCUAGCUGCUCUAGGAGCAAAUAUUCAAACAAUGCGACGUGGUGCUGAAGCACAUCCAGAUUUACCUAAUGCCUUGCGACACUUAAUGCGUCUAGUACGAUCUCGUUCAAAUACAACUACAUCUGACAAUGCGCCAACAUCGGGCUUUGCUUAUUCUUUGGAAGCACUGUCUGAAGAUGAAGAUGUUGAUGAGGAGGAGACAGAGGAGGUUGAAAAUAGGACUCCCAUUACACAGGAACAAUUUACUGCAGCUUUACAGGCAGCAACGCAGGCGGCGGCGCUUCCGUCUAGCAGUAGCUCUACAGUGCCUGGCCUGUCUGGGCAACAGCUGCUCAGCUUACUGCAAACAACACCCAGCAACACUAACAAUGAUUCGGGGGGCCCUAUCACGAGUGCCAUCGGCAAUGCCAUUACGGACGAGAUGAUUAGUGAAGCCAUUACUGAAGCCCUGACGAGGGUUAUGCCCGAGGCCUCGACUGACCAAUCUGCAGCUUCGUCCUCCUUCAAUCCUGUCACAGACGAAGAUUAUACAACGCAACUGCAACGAAUGAACGAAAUGGGUCUUUUGAACGAUGCACUAAACGUACGUGCUUUGAUCAUAAGUGGAGGUGAUGUGAAUGCUGCUAUUAAUUUAAUUAUCAAUGGACUUAUUGAAGAUGAUUAAACAUUUCAAUAAAAGAAAUAAAACAAGGAACUAGUAUAUAGGAAGUUCGAAAAUGCAGGUUUAAUCAUGAAGAGUACAGAAAAAGAGAAAAAAAAAUUGCAUUUCUUUUUAUUUAUAUAACAAAAAUUGCCAAUUAAAUUCAUAACUUUAUGUUUUCGAUGUGCACUAUAUAUUCAAUUAUUAACUAAAAGAUUCUAAAAUUAUUAUUAUAAGAUUUUGUUGUGUUUCCUAAAGAUAUGAGACUUAGAAAUGGACAUAAAAGAAAACAAAAAAUAUGGUUUUUGUUGAAACUAGGAAUGUUUCUG